UGUCAACGCCAUAAAAAAGCUUCCCCAUUGAGUGCAUCACCGCGAUUCCACACUCUGCUCUCAAUUUCUCCGUCGUAGACCAGAUCCGGAAUCUCAAUCGCUGCCAUUCUCCGGCGGCCAUUUGCCUCCAAGCUUGCAGCUUUCCGAACGGUCGAGACGGACAGCUCCUUCCGCAAUUCUGAUCCGUCUUCGUCUCUUUUUUCAAUCCGAUGGGAGAAAUCGAGCAGAAGAGGAAAACAGUGUUUGUGACAGUAGGAACAACGUUAUUUGACGCUCUUGUCAAAGCUGUUGAUACUGAACAAGUUAAACACGAGUUGCUGCGAAGAGGCUACACCCACCUUCUCAUUCAAAUUGGUCGUGGAUCCUACAUUCCCCACAAGUGUGAAGGGGAAGGUGGAUCUCUUGUGGUUGAUUAUUUCACUUUCUCAUCAAGCAUUGCAGAACAUCUUAGAUCGGCAUCUCUUGUCAUCAGUCAUGCAGGGUCAGGGAGCAUAUUCGAGACUUUACGGCAUGGCAAACCUCUCAUUGUAGUGGUGAAUGAAGACCUGAUGGAUAAUCAUCAAUCUGAACUUGCAGAAGAACUAGCCGAGAGGAAGCAUUUAUACUGCGCGCGUCCUCAACUGUUGCACGAGACGAUCACGGAUAUGAAUUUGGAGUCUCUCCUUCCGUAUCCUGCUGGAGAUGCCAAGCCUGUGAUUAGUUUGAUUAACAGAUUUCUAGGUUUCCCAGAUGAUUGAUCAGCAUGUAGGACUUACUGUUACAAGCAGAAUUCUAUACCUUAUCCAAGUGCAUAACAACAACAUUAGUUGGAUUUGGUUCUGUACAUUUUCCUCGUACCUGACAUGGAUCGUUGGGUGGAAUUGGGACAGUAAUUCAGGUGGAAGCAUUUUACUUGAGAGUUACCUUCACUGCAAGUUCCGUAUCAUUAAUUUUCGAG